UGUGGCGCACAGCUCGGCACAGCGAGAUGGAGGAAUUGAACUAGACUACGUGAGUGUCUUUUAUUGCAGAUUUUUUACGCUCUGAUGAAUCUUUAAGGAACAACUACGAUUUGUCAGCUGACCCAAGAGCUUCCUAGUAAACACAGCGGUGCAAACAAAUUCCUUAACUGGGCAACCUUGAGGAAGGCGUCUCCGAGGAAAGCAACACCCCCCCCCCCACCCCCGCCCCUCUCCAUUCCUCAGAGCUCCAUGUUACACUUAUGACACUUGUGGCACUUGACCCUGUUUUGUUUUUCUUUUUUCUUCCUUUUAGAUACAACCAUCUUCUUUUUUUUUUUUUCACUGCCUCACCAAUAGAAUCGAACUCUGCUGCACUCAGCAGAAGUGUAGCCCUCUAGAAAACAACACUGAUGAAUCUGGCAAGCGUUCAGGCUCAUCGUCAAAUGUGUUUUCUGAUGAGCUGCUUCAUUUAGAACUUUUCUGCAAUUUAAAAAAAAAAAAAAAACUCCUCAAAGAUGAUUGCCUAGAAAAGAGACUGCUACUUUGUCAGAAAAACACACUUCUGUUGACGACACUAACGUCUUAAAAAUACUACUUUAAGUGUUGUUCUCUUUUUCUUAAACCUUUUUCUACCAUGUUAAUCCUUUGACAACGGCAGACUUUGGAAAAACAGGCGUUUUCAUUAUGUUGGAACUACAAAAUGACAACGUGGAACCUGCCAAAACUGCCUGCUCAAGGAGAGUUUCUCUAGCGAUGCCAUAAUGAGCAACAUGGCUGGACAAAAGCACUGAACGGAGCGAGGGAAUCCUCAUAAAGGUUAACUCAAACCACACACGCACGCAAAAACCUCUUCUCUAACUUUCACCCAUGCCUGCGUCUGGUGCAAGGAUGCCCCGUACCACUGCCCGCUGUUCUUGAGGAGGAGAGAGAGAAGGAGGAGUACAGGAAGGAAAUGACAGAGUGCCUGACAGAAUGCAAAGCGCUGGUGACUCCGUCCACGCGCAACGGCCACCGUGUCUUCAGCUACACGUUAGAGAGUCACACGGCGGCCGCGUUCGCCAUCAUGAACGAGCUGCGUCUGGAGCGGCAGCUGUGCGACGUCACGCUGCGUGUGCGCUACAAAGACCUGGAGGCGGUGGACUUCGUGGCUCACAAGGUGGUGCUGGCCUCCUCGUCCCCGGUCUUCAGGGCCAUGUUCACCAACGGCCUGAAGGAGUGCGGUAUGGAGCUGGUGCCCAUCGAGGGGAUACAUCCCAGGGUCAUGGACCGACUGAUAGAGUUCGCCUACACGGCCAGCAUUUCUGUGGGAGAGAAGUGUGUGAUUCACGUGAUGAACGGCGCCGUCAUGUACCAGAUAGACAGCGUGGUCAAGGCCUGCUGCGAUUUCCUCGUCACGCAGCUCGACCCCAGCAACGCCAUCGGCAUCGCCAACUUCGCUGAGCAGAUCGGUUGCACAGAGCUGCACCAGAAGGCCCGCGAGUACAUCUACAUGAACUUCAGCCAGGUGGCGACCCAGGAGGAGUUCUUCAACUUGUCCCACUGCCAGCUGGUCACUCUGAUCAGCCGCGACGAGCUCAACGUACGCUGUGAGUCCGAGGUCUUCCAGGCAUGCGUGGCCUGGGUGCGCUACGACCGGGAGAACCGGCGACCGUACGUCCAGGCCUUACUACAGGCUGUCCGCUGCCAUUCCCUCACACCCAACUUCCUGCAGGCCCAGCUCCAGUCUCUGGACUGGGACCCCCAGUGUAAAGACUACCUGGCCCAGAUCUUCCAGGACCUCACCCUCCACAAACCCACCAAAGUCAUUUCCUGCCGAACACCCAAGGUGCCACAGCUCAUCUACACAGCGGGGGGUUAUUUCCGCCAAUCUCUCAGCUACCUGGAGGCGUACAACCCCUGCACAGGAGCCUGGCUGAGGCUGGCUGACCUGCAGGUUCCCCGCAGCGGCCUGGCAGCCAGUGUGAUCAGCGGGCUUUUCUACGCCGUCGGAGGAAGAAACAACGCGCCUGAUGGCAACAUGGACUCAAACGCAUUGGACUGCUACAACCCCAUGAACAACUGCUGGCUGCCAUGUGCGCCCAUGAGCGUUCCCAGGAACCGAAUCGGAGUGGGUGUCAUCGACGGCAUGAUAUAUGCCGUUGGCGGCUCACAUGGAUGCAUUCAUCACAACAGUGUUGAAAGGUAUGAUCCAGAAAAGGACCAGUGGCACUUGGUAGCUCCUAUGUUGACACGCCGUAUCGGUGUGGGAGUGGCUGUCAUCAACCGGCUGCUUUACGCUGUCGGGGGUUUCGACGGCGCCAACCGGCUCAGCUCCUGUGAGUGUUACAACCCGGAGAGGGACGAAUGGAAGACCAUGGCCCCCAUGAACACCGUGCGCUCUGGAGCAGGCGUCUGCUCACUGGGAAACCACAUCUUUGUGAUGGGCGGAUACGACGGGACCAACCAGCUGAACACAGUGGAGCGCUAUGAUGUGGAGACGGAUACGUGGAGCUCUGCUGCCUCCAUGAGGCACAGACGCAGUGCUCUGGGAGUCACUGCACUACAUGGACGCAUUUAUGUGCUGGGAGGUUAUGAUGGCACCACGUUCCUGGACAGCGUGGAGUGCUACGACCCAGAGAACGACACCUGGUCUGAGGUCACUCACAUGACUUCAGGGCGAAGCGGCGUGGGCGUAGCCGUUACCAUGGAGCCGUGCCAGAAAGAACUGCCGCCGUGUCAGAGUUCUGAAAGGGAAAACGGAGCCGCCUCACCAGCCUAUCAGUCCUUAAACUCCAGCUUCAGCUCGCACCACAGUCAGCGGCACAGCGGGUCCUUCAGCUCAUGAGGCUCAUCAUAUAUACACACACACACACACACACACACACACACACACACACACACACACACACACGAAAUGAACAAAUGAGCAAUCAGAACGCCACUCUGUUCUUCCAAAUUCAAAUUAAAGACCCUCACAUUAUGAUUAGAGACAGAGGUGACCACUCAUGAUUGCCUCAGUGAUUCAGGGGUUCACAGUUAAAGCAAAUUUCCAAAAAAUCAGAAACACUUUAUUUGAAAGAUGCCGUGUGGAUUGUAAUGUCAAGACAAAAAUAAAUUUAAAUAUCCACAUUUAAGGUCCUUGUACAUCCCAUGUGACACCAGAAUCUAAAGCAAAGUUUUCAAGACAUGAAUCAGUUCAUUUGGAUCUAGUAAGUGGUGUUCGGCCAAAUUUGAAAGACCUCAGUCUGUGAGGUUGACGUCCACAGUUGGAGCAUCAUCUCCCAGGUUAGAGCCAUGGGAGGAAAGGGCUGCAGAAUAAAUUUUAAAAAAGGGGUGGGGCCAUUUACUGGCUCUAAGAGUCAUCAAGGGCUCGUUUUACUUGCAGAGCAAACACAUGUAGAAGUAAAAAUCUGCGGGGAGGAAAAAUCGAUCAAUUACGGUUGUCAGCAUAGGCCGUAGAUUUCAAAGUGCCAUUACAAUGCCCGUGGGCAUUACCGUCAGCAGUAUAUUGACCUGAGGGGCUCUGAAGGAGCGGCACAGACAGACAGUGUGUGGGGGGGGGGGACACUUGGAAACCCAGAGAGCCACGCGUUGAAGCUUCAGGAUGACGAUGGGCCUCAUGCAAGAACAUUCAGUGGAAGCUUCUUUAUAAAAGUCAGAUUGAUCAAACUUACCAACUUCACAGAUGUGUUUUUGAAGUUCGAGUGCCACCUGUUCACGAGCAGGUUGCAUUAUUUGGAAAUUCAGAGCCGCAGUAAUCCCUGUUAAAGGCCACUUCCUUAUUCAACCAAGUUGCUUUCACAACGUUCUCUUUUGCUCUUGGCAACAUUUGAAUUCACUCCUACAUCAAGUUGAGAUAAAAAUCUAUCCACACAGUACAAAUUGUUCUUUUGCAUGAGGCUCAAAGUCCAAGUGUUGGUACAGGAGAAUCAGGACCUGAAAGUAACAAAUGUGUCCUUUACUAAUAUCCACUGGUAGGUUCAUGGAAAUGUUUUUAUUUUUGGUAAAGGUGUUGGCCAGAUAUUGAGUGUUGGCUCUUAUGAAGCGAACAGGAAGUCUGGUCUUGUGUCGUUGCUUUGUUGGGGUGCCAAGUGGAUGUUAAACGGGUUUCGACCGUGUUUAGAGUUAAGGGAAUACUGUAGCAUUUAAAUAACCUCACUGAAUGUGUUUGACAAAAACACUCAUCACUCACACAACCUGCAGCCCCCUACCUACAGCUGACUCUCUUCCUCCAGACCUCAGAAACAGAAGUGACCAUGUUUGUGCAUUAGUGUUCAGAUAUAUUGUAAGCUAAUGACAACGAACUCGCUUAAAGAAGUGUAUUUGUAACAGCAAUUUAAGCUACAAUGGUUUUUAAGUGAUGUUUUUGUACAUUGAUAUUCUAAGAAGUCUUGUACAGAAUUUCAGAGCUCACUUUUUUAUUUAUUUUUUCGGAUCCUUUUUUUUUUUGUUUGUGUUCUCGUUUCCCUGAACUGACAUCAGCUUUGUAUUGAAUUGGACUCUGGUGUUGUGUGUUUUUUGAACAACUAGCAUGCAUUGUGACUAAGUAGGAAUGCUUGUUAAUGCUCAUUUUGGAUGUUUGUAAAAAACAAAACAAAAAAAAAAUGUUUCACUUUGAAAGGGACUGUUUUUUUUCUUGUCCAUCAGUAGUCGGAAUGAAAUUUAGAAUAUUUAAGAUCUGCUUUGUACAUUUUUUUUUCCAGCAAAAAUACCCUGUACAAUAAUACAUCAUAAAGUAAAAUAUAUGUUUAUUUUG